AUGAAUAAUACCGAUACUAGUCUUCUGGGUAACAUGCUUUUGCCUAGGGGGAAUGGCACAAAGGCUUAUGUUACUAACAAUGAGUUUUCGGACUCUAAAUUCAUGUCACAACUAAAAGAGGAGGAUGAAAUUGAGGAUACUGGUAUUGAUGACGGGUUAAAUAGUAACAGUAGUAACAGCGAUAGUGUACAGAGGGGAAAUCAAAUGGAAAAUGAAAACGAGAAUAGUGUUAUGUAUGCAACGGUACAACAGAGGUCCAAGAAAUAUAACUCUUCCAAUGAUGAUAUACCACAAUUCAGAGCCUUUUUAGGGAAUCCUAAUGAUCAACAAAAUCAUAACAAUACACAUGUGACAAUGGAUUUAACCAGUUCGAACAUAAAUAAUGAUAUAGAGAUCAGGAAAGAAUUGCCUAAUGAACUAGUAGUUACCCAAGCACUGGAUGACAUAUCGGGUUAUUUGAAUACAAACACAUUUAAGAGACAUGAUAAACAGAAUAUAGGGAAAGAUAAGAGAGUAGAAGAGCACUCUAAUAUAUCUGCACAUUAUAAUGACACUGACCCAGCGCUGGAAGCUGUAAAUAUAUUUCAAAAUGUCCUGAAAAAUCAGAAAUCUAAUUACGCCUUUAAUGAGAGAAUUGUUAGCAAUCCCACCGUAUCAGAUUCCAGUUAUUCUGAUGAUCUUAGCGCUAGCCGUUUGACACGUUCCAAUGGCAUUAACGCUGACCAUGUAAAUAUUUCCAGACAAGAAGUUACUUCUGCUAAUAAGCCUUUAGGAGGAAAGAAGCAAAGUAGGCCUGAAAGUGAAUACCAUCCGUCUGAUAGAAACAAUUCAAGCUCAGAAUCUUUAUCUAAUAUGUCAACAUCUUCCCAAACUCCGCCAACAUCAGCAGAAAAUUACACAAAUGUUACAACAAGCCGAAAGCCAAAACCUCAGCAGAUAAGUGAGCUGCCUUUAAUUACUCCAGAAUCUAUAGGAUUAAUCUUUAAUCAGGAGAAUGGUGUUUGGCAAGAACCAGAUUCACAUAAUCAUGAUAUUACAAAUAGUCAUACAGUGGAAAACACAACUUCCAAUUCAACGACGCAAAAUACUGAAGACUCUUCGAUUCACAUAGAUACUCAUUUGGCUGAAAAUUCGAAUGAGGAUAUUCGUGUUCAUAGAAGAAGAAUUAAUUCAAGAAUUCUUCAAAGAGACGAUCAAUCUUUGCAAAUUCGUGGACCAGUAAAGCCGAAAUUUCAGAACAUACAUGAAGAAGAUGAAGCAGACUACUUAUCUGAUGACACUCCACUUGAUCCACCUAAAAUAAAUAAAAAGUUUUUAAGGAAGCAUAGUGAUUAUUUGCAAGAAGGUAUUCUAACUGGAGAUCGCAAGAUAUACCAAGAUGUUGAUUAUAGAGAAACGCAAUUUACUGAAGAGGAAAAUAUUAAGUUUAAUGAAAACCUGGAAAGGUUGACAUCCAGUCAAGAGGGGGGGAUUGCUAAAAGGUCAUCUUCACCUUUACAUCAUCCAGGUGAUUUAUCUUACCGGCAAAACAAAACAGACUUAGUCUCAGUCUUAACUGACAAAUUAAAAGAUAUCAGUGAUUGGGAAGCUGUAAAGGAAAUAGUAUUGAGUGAAGAAAACCUUCCUAGUGUUGUUGGCUUGAAUGCAUUUUUACCUAAUCUGAAACACUUUGAAAUCUGUAAUUCUAGAUUAUCAACAUUAGAAGGUACACCAGAAGGCGUAGUCGAACUGUUUGCGUCCAAGAAUUGUUUGUCCAGUACCCAUAUUUUAUCAACUAAAUUCAACCACCUGGAGGUCAUUGAUAUUUCAUUUAAUACAAUCAGUUCCUUAUACCACUGUUUUGAUGGGUUACUGCACUUAAGAAAAAUAAUAGCACACCACAAUAAUAUUAGUAGUAUAGCGGGUCUAUAUGAUAUUCCAAGGUUACAAUGUCUCGAUCUGUCCCAUAAUUCAUUUGAAGGUGUAAUUGAUUUUUCGAUGCUUCAGGACUUAACUGGCGAGUAUCCUUCCUGGAUGAAUUCACUAAAAUUCUUGGAUUUUUCAAAUAACCCCAUUUCAGAUAUGAGACGAAUUAAUCAUUUGACAGCACUCGAAUCUUUAGAUAUUACAAAUACAAACAUCAAGGAAUUAGAGUGCCAAAAUACAUACAGCUCUACCAAUUUAACUUCGAUUUAUUUUGAUGCGAAACUAAGCAUAGAGAGAUGUUUAUUUAACAAUAGUUUCUCGUCUGUCAUUAAGUUGAUCGUAUCAGGAACUCCAAAUUUUCAGCUAUCUGAUAUUCCAAAACAUAUCCAAAGACUUGCAAUACGAGGUGAAAGUAAAGAUCAAUUGGAUAACAGUAAACUAUCAGAGUUCAUGGGGUAUAUUGAUGGCCAAAGUUAUGAUAUUAAAACUACGGAUAAGAUUUAUCACGGUAAUGACAGCAAUCCUCUAUUAGUGCAUUUGGAGAUUACAGGUCAUUUGAAACUAAAUAAGCUACCUGUAACUUUACAGCAAAAGCUUCCGUUUUUGAAGACACUAAAUUUGGAUUCGAAUGCACUUGAUAGUGCCUACAAUAUAAUUGAAUCAAUCCCGACUACAUACAUACAGGAUUUAUACCUGACAAACAAUAGCCUAUGCUCCCCUUUCUCAUCAUUAAGUUCAUCAAAAUUGGAAGAAGCUUUAAGAAUUGCAUGUCCAAACAUUAAGGAAGUGUUAAUUUAG